AUGUUUAGUAGACAAUUCGUUCGUCUGGCCAGCAGUGCCGCUAAGAAGCCUCAGACUUUAAGAAUAUACGGUGUGGACGGAACAUACGCCACGGCUUUGUUCGAUGUAGCUGUUGCUGAAUCUCGUGUGAGUCAAGUGGCAGCCUCUUUGACAGCUGUUAAUAGCAUGCUACGUACUGAUGCCAAAUUAGCUCAUAUUUUCCAAAACCCUGCAUUGUCCCUACAGGAUAGAAAGACCGUUGCUCAAACCGUAGUGCAGAAUGGUCCAAUUAAGAUCGAACCUGCUGUGGCCAAUUUCUUAAAUGUUUUGGCUGAAAACAACAGACUUUCCUUAUUGGAGAAGAUUGCAGCCGAUUUUGCCAAGUUGGAUGAUCAUUAUAACGGUGUCGUUAACGCAUCGAUCACUACUGUGCAACCUUUGGAUAAUAAAUCAUUCAAGAGAAUCGAAAGGGCUUUGGCUGCUUCGGCUCUUGUAGGAUCCGAAAGAACUUUGAAGUUGACUAAUAACAUUGACCCACAAAUUCAAGGUGGUCUGGUAGUCGAAAUCGCUGAUAGAACUGUUGAUUUGAGUAUUGCAGCAAGAAUCCAGAAAUUGAAUAAGAUUUUGGAAGAAACUGUAUAA